CUCCUCGGCACGUUUACCGCGCUUACCAUCACCUACAUAACCCCCCCUUUCCCUCACGGCAGCGGCACGUAUUGCCGCCGCUAUUGCACUCACGCACACAAAUUGCACGCUGCAAACUGCACUUAAAAACGCACUCACGCACGACCGCUAAAAAAAACCCCACCCAGCACUCUCGAUUUCGUUUUGAGCACCAAGCACGUUUAAAACUACAUUGAAUACAAAAUAUUUAAUUGAACAAACAAUUGUUUUUUGCACACCUCGCACGCCUGCUCCCGUUUUGCACGAGCACGCUACCAAAGGGACUUAGAGCACGCCAAUCAAACUUAAGCACCAGCCGCUGUUAGGAAAACCAUAAGAAAAUAAAGACAAAAUCACAGGUCCGACCGGUUCGCCACAACAGUCGCCCGCAAGGGGUGACGCCGGUCGUCGAGCAACAGUCGAGCGCAAAAACACCGCGGUACAGGAGAUGGACCUGACUAUGAUGACCAUUACCGUCAUGGUGUACAUGUUGUUUGGCCUCAACAAAUAUUCAGAAGGCAUGACACAUCCUAGAGUAAAGAUGUACGGACCCAAAGUGACCAUUGUAGAACACCGUCAAAUGGAACCAACGGUUGAAGAAGUAAAAUCCUUUGCCAAAACCGAACAGCUGCCAAACGAACCGAAUUGUGUAGAGCUCCGAGUUAUGUGGCGUUUAUCCCAGCGAUUAAGACAGGCAAUGCAAUCUUCUAAUAACAUACCCGGGAAUGAUGACCCAUUUAAAUACAAUUUGUAUGAAGACUAUGCCAAGCCGAGAUAUGCGAACAGGCAGAGAUCAUUGAUGAUGGGACAAUCGAUGGCUGACAGAUAUCAGCUGUACGCGGAAAUGAGGCCUUUUGACAAAGUAGCUCGUAUGGCGAGCCUUGAGUGGAAACAAGCUCAAGAACGAGCCGGUAGAAAACCAAAUCUGUUUCGGCUCGGUUUCCCCAUGUCGAAGAUACCCGGCACUGCAAUGCGGUUGACGGCCAAGAACAGGUUUCAAGAACUAAGGGAGCUAAUCCGUAAGGAAAAAAUCAAACACUACAGGAACGGAGGUCGCAACAACGUUGCCGCGGACGACUCAAUCCCUGUUAUGCCACUUACCGACAUAAGUCCCGAAAGUACCGACAACAAGAGACCCGGCUACGAGACGCUCAUGACACGUCCCAGACACUUUUCAUACGGUCAGUACAUGAAUGCCAGCAGUAAUGACAUGGAGAACAAGCUUACAACGGCAUCUCCGCCUCAGUAUAGAUCGUCGUCACAGAAUAGCCCGUGGAAUUCCAGAUGGUAAUCAUUAAUCGCAAAGACAGAUUAAUUGCAUCGACAGUGAAGCCCAUUAUACGCCGCUAUGUAAAUAAUCGACACGCUUAUACGUAGAAUAUAUUAUUUCAUCUUUGUUAUCGUCUUCUUACAAAGCAUCAACAACUUUAAUAACCAUUUUAUUGUUAUUUAUAUUAAACGUUAUUAGAAAUAUUUCAAAUCUACAAAAAUAACAAUAACGACAACAAAACAAAGAGUAGAACACUUUUACGACGGCUGGCUUUGGUUACACCAUAUUCGGUGUUACACAACUUAAUUUAAUUUUUCGAAUGCCUGAAAAUGCAAAUUUGUUAAGAUAUUCAUUUUAACUUCAAACCUUGAUUCCUGAGAAAAGAAAUUGUAUUUAUUUAGACCCAUGCUUAUUUUAUAGUCAUUUCAAGUACAGCCCAAAGGAUAACUGUAGGUCACAUAUAAUUAAUCAUUCCAAAAAUUAAAUAAGUUACAUUUUGUUUGAUUUUUUUUUUAGUAAAAAUAAUUGUAUUUGCAUACAAAUAUUGGAUAACUUUUCCUUCUAUUAUUUUCGUAAUGUAAAGUUUAUAUCCAAUUAUUAGAGAGGUUUUAUGUUAGCUAAAUAAAAUUUGAUUGACCUAACUUGAUGAAAAGUCAGUGUGAUUUAGAGCUUAGAAAACAUCUGAGUAUUCUUUUUUUCUUAUUUGGGAUCGAUAUUCAAGGCAGGGGAAUCAAGUCACAUAUUAUAAUGAUUACCUCUAUGUACUCUGUCAAUGUUCAUUUUAAUUAAAUAUAAUAAGUUAUGAAAAUAAAUAAAAAAACUAAAAAUAAUACUACUACUGUAUAAAGUAGUCUCAAUUAGUCUCCUUAGUCUCAAUUAAUAAAGUUUUUUUAGAUACCGUAUUUUUUCAGCUUGAAAUAAUUGUUGUUAUUCAAAUGACAAUUAUUGUUUAUAAUCGUUCUCUGACGUACAUACUACAUAGUAUGUAUGUUUAAAUAUUUAAUAUAAUGGAAGUAUGUAAUAGGCAGUCAACAAUCAUAAGCUGAAAAAACUGUUUUAAUUAUAGUACCAAAAUCUUUCUGAAUCGUCAAUUUUUGUAACAAUAACGUAAAGUCAUAGUUAGUGUUUGAGUGUGCAUUUUUUUCACCAUAGAUCGAAAAAUAUCGUUUUUCAGUUUUCUAUUCAUCGCUUAGUAAUACAUUAUCAAUCUUUAUACUUAUGUGUCAUAUUAAAAAUCCCUCUAUAAUCAAAACCAGUUAUUAUUACCCGGUUAAAAUCGUAACAAUACGAUAACUAGUAAGCUCUCAUUUAGUCAUUAUGUCUAUUAUUUUGUAAUAUUUUAAUUUGUAAUAUUUAAUGUUACCCAUUUUACAGGCUUUAGAUUUCGGUCAGCCUAAUUAAAAAAGACGUAAAAGUGAGACUGUAUUUCUGGGAGUCCAGGAAUUACAAAUUAGCAAUUAGGCGUUAAUUAUUUAUAUAUAAAAAUAUAUAUAUAUAUUAAGUAGAUUAAGGAAGUUUUUCGUUAAUUGGUGUACUUGCUUGUAAUAGGUCUUGUAGGACAUUCUAGUCACGCGAUAGCUUAAUUGUAGAUAGAAAGUAGAGCCAAGUAGAAACACAUUCGUAUUUGUACAGCUUGGUAGUCUGAAUAUACCGGACACUCGUUUAAAUAAACAUAGAAACAGCUUUUAUGACAAAUUUUUAUUAUUUCUCCAUUAACAAUAUACAAUAAAAUAUGUGUUAAAUGUUUAGUUUUAAAAACUACGUUUAGAGUAAAUAUAAAUUAACUAUAAGCACCUAGUAUGCCAUAUGCUAUAGUAGUAGCAUUGAGUAUAUAUUGAAUAUACAAUAUAUACUCAAUGGUAGUAGUUUUACUGUUCUCAUUUCGAGUAGUGUAGAUCAACAAAAGCAAGCCAUAUAAAAAUACUUAAUUUUUGUUUACAUCAUAUAGUCAUGUAGCCUAAGUAACUAGUUUAGUUAUCGCAUUAAAACUAGUUUAGUCACUACUAUAAUACUUCACUGUAUAAACUUCUAAUUCUAACUAACCUAAAAGUAGUAUUACAAAUAUAUGCAAAACUGAUUCCAUUAAAAUAAUACUAUCUGUUGACGUAUUUCGAUUAAUUAAUUGUACUAAUAUUAAUAAUAAUUUAUCAUAGUAAAUCUCAUUUGUUAGUACUACUAUUACAGUAUGUUGUGUCACAAAGGUAACUCGUAAAACGAGCAACUCGCCGUUUCUUUGUUUUUUUUAUUAAUAUUUGUAUUGUAUCUUUUCUUUAUUUUUUAAUAAACGGUUGUUUCUUUCUCUCUAAUAAGUAUUAGUUACUUUGCAUUACGAUGUUAUAUUAUAUUAAGUAUAAUGUACCUGGUACAUAAAAAUCAAAGUCAAUCCUAUAUCUCAAUAUUUCAUUUUAUAAUCAUUUGUCCCUAUAAAAUAUUAUAACUUUCCUAACUAACGCAUAUAAAUUAUAUAUAAUAUAAAUUAACUUAACAACCUCUUUUGGUAAAUUAUUUUUAGAUUAAAUUAGAUUAAAAAGUAUAGUAAUAAGAUUAUCUAAGUAUUAUACGCAGUUUUCUUUCAAAUAUAUUUAUUGUUAUAAAUGUAUAUACAUUGUACUAAAGCAUAUACGGGAGAAAGUUACCGUUUUGAAGUAUUCAUUCCAGACUUACGCCUGGAUGUUUUUUUUAGUUUAAUCAUCUUAGCUUUAAAUAACUAUUAACUAAUUUAUUAGUAAUGCUUAUUUCUAGUAUUGCAAAGAAAGUAUAUGUGAAGUUCCUAAUAUGAUUAAAAAUAAAAAUUGACGAUUCAGUAGUGGCAUUUGCUUACAAUCUACAAAAUAGGUGUAGUUAACUUAAACAAUGAGGUACCUGAAAAACACAGAGCAAUGUUUGACAACGGCUAUGUUCAGGUUAAAUUACAAAAAUCAUACAUUCUGACUAAAUAUAUAGCUUUCUUAUCAAACGCCUUUUUACUAUCAUUACAUCUUUUAUAAUUGAUUUACCCUUUUCUAAUACGUUUAUAUUUCUAUUUCAUUUUUUUUAAUACUUUAGGCCAACUUACGAUGGCAAAAACAUGUUUCGUUUUAAAAAUUGUUAGAACAAAAUCUCUUACAGUUUUAUUUACUUAUAAUA